UGCAUCUUUGUAUUUAAGCAAUCAAUGCACGUACAAAAUGGAUGCCAGUUUUUACGUUAUUUUAUGUUGCCUUGUUCUUGUCGGAGAGGGUCUUCUGCUACCAAAUUCCUGUGGAACACUUACCGUUAUGAAACCAACGUUUAUGAAUAGAAACGUCACCUUGAAAUUUGUCGCUCAACAUCGAUGGAUUUCAAACAUUGUCUGGAAGUAUGCUUUGGAGUUUGGUGCCGGGUUACAAACGUUAUAUGGCUUGGAGGAACGAUCAACUUUUGACGAUGGGGUCUACUAUGAUACUAUGUCGUUCGUCGCUUAUAAACAUUGCAAUAAUUCGAAAUUUCAUGUUCAAUGCAGCCAUGAGAAUAUAACAUCAAACACUGUGAAGCUACACUUACAAGAAAUCAGUCCAAACUGUGGCAAUCUAGUGCUGUUAUCCCCUGAAGUAAAAUAUGGAAAACAUGUUGCAAUCGGUUAUUAUCCUCCUGAUACAUUGGUCAAAGAGAACGAUUUGUACCAUGAACGUACAUGGCUGAAUGGGCUUGAACAUCCCGUACAUCUUCGAAAUGACACUUACAAAGAGAGAAAAAUGUCUGAUUAUUUGUACACUCUAAACAUAUACAAUUUCACGGAGAGCAAAGCUGGGCGUUACGCUUUGAAGUGUGAUGAAUCAAUUGUAUCAAGCACAAACUGGUUACACAAACAUGCUACAGAUAAGCAGCUAAUUGGACCCAUACGGGAUGAAUGUGUUUACGGCAAUGCAAACACUACCAUUUAUUGCAACACAAGUCGUACGACAGGAAAAACUCAUGUGACCCUUUCCAUUGGGAGUGAAGCAAUUACAAUGACAGAAGACGAAAGUCAGCCCGGGUUAUAUGCGGUUGGACUCGACGUAAACACUUGGAGGGACCAUGACGGUGAUAUUGUAACUUGCAAUGUCUCUAACGAUAAUUAUAUACACGACCAGAAAAGUUCAGCAAAAUUAUUUUACAUGGAGAAAGGUUCGGAUCCUAUUUUGAACAUGCCAGAAUACAUCCACGAUGAAAAUACGACAGUCAGUUGCGAAGUGUCUAAUGCACGACCACCUGCGUCGAUUGAAAUAUUGGUAGACAAUCAAGCCAUCAUUGAAGCUGUUAAAAGUGAUAUAUUGGACGAAACGUCAAAACCAUUCGCUUGUAAAGCUUCGAUAUUGAAGAUAGACAAGAAUUGGAAUGGAAAGGAAAUAUGUUGUCGUAAAAAUUCUGUGUUUAACGGACUUUUAGAAGCCACCUGUAAAACAUUAAACAUAAAGUUGCUUACUCAACCCUUGACCUUUUCCCUCGAUGAAGUACAGAAUAGUACUCCGUAUUUUGAUUCCACGACAGGCGAAACCGAUCUAAAAGGUAGUUCAAUGAAUAAAAUACGUGCAAAUGGUCUAUGUAACGGGACGAAAUGCGGGUCAAGUACAAAUAUAGCGACAAAAGGUGGGAUAAAGAAAGAAAAACCAACAAAUUCUAGGGAAAAUGGAACUAAAUUCCGCCAAGAAUAUAUGUCUGCUGCAAGCGACAACAGUACACGGUCGUUCAAGUUUUCGUUGGAGCCAAUUUUGAUAGGAACAGUAGCAUUUGUUGUUCUCUGUAUUUUCGUUGCGUCAGCAAGAACACUGGCACCGUGGCUUAAAGGAAGAAGCAGAACCAGUGAUCCGGGCAAAGCAGAAGUAACAUCAGCGAUCGAAGCCACCCACUCUCAUGAUACAAAUGAAUAUGUGGAUAUGCCUGAGGGAUCAAUGCAUAUGAAUGCGGCUCACGAUUUCGAAGACAAUUAUGUCGAAUUGAAGAUACGGGAAGACUCAAUGAUGGCCCGGAAGCCAAUCACAGCUAUGAAGUCAAAGCAUGCGAAAAGCAGUCUGAUUUACGCGGAUCUGGACAUUAACCAUCUACAGAAAGCCUGUGUCGGUCCGAUACCUGAACCACGCCCAAAAAGACAAAAUGAAGCAACGGUGUAUCAAGAUAUAAACUUUUCUAACACAAGACCUGCGGUGCCUCACUAAAAAUAAUAAGAUACGUGUAGAAACGCGUAGAUUGUGUCAUGAAACAGGAUGACAACAUUGCUUAUGUGUAACUCGUGUAGAUUGUGUUAUGACUGUUGCAAAAUAGGAUGACUUUAUAGCUAAUAUGCAUAUGGCGUAGAUUGUGUUACGACUGUUGCAAAAUAGGAUGACUUUAUAGCUUAUAUGUAUAUGGCGUAGAUUGUGUUAUGACUGUUGCAAAACAGGAAAUCUUCAUGAUUUAGAUGUAAAUCAGGUAGAUUGUCUUAUGAAUUAAGCAAAUCAAGAUUGACAACAUUGAUUAUGUGUUAAUCGCGUAAAUUGU